AUGGUCGAAGUCUUCGUGAGCGGCCAAAUCUAUUCGGCGAGCGGCUUCGCGGACCCGAAGCUUUGCGUCGCGUGGCGGCUUCAACUUGGAGGCGGCUGGAGGGUAGUCGAGGGUCCAUCAGAAGGCCAGACGCAAGUCGAUAUCGCCAAGGCUUUUUCUAAAAAUUAUUUUUCCUACCCGAUGGAUAUUCAUCUAGCGACGAGGACUUUGCAAGAUUGGCCCCGGUUAAACUUUGAAGUAUGGCACCACGACCAGUACGGUCGUCAAGAAAUUUACGGCUACGGCUCCGUAUUUCUGCCAAAUUUACCCGGAAUGCAUGAGGUAUCCUGCAAUUUCUGGCGGCCCAAGGGCUCGCUGCGGGACGAGCUGAAGCAGAAAUUUAUCGGAGGAGGCUUACAGGUAACAAACCCCGACCAUUCGGCCGAGACCCCAGAGCGUAUGAUGGUGAACGGCACGCUCCAACUCAAGCUCAACAUCAUCACCCGGCAUUUUGACCGCUUCGGAAUCGCGGCA